UAUCAGUACCCAAAGCGUGAUCUGCUCUCAGCCUGCAGGUGGGAGAGACUGGGCCACAUGCUAGUGCUCUGAAGCGGGGGUAGGGCCGACGGCAUCACCUGCAACUCAUUGAGAAGAGCAGGAAUGGUACAGGAUAUGGACAGAAUCCAGACUUUAUUAUGUAUUUCUGAUCUGUGCUUGCGCCUCUGAUGGAGCUGAAAGUUUGGGUGGAUGGAGUUGUCAGAGUGGUUUGUGGCCUGUCAGAGGAUACAUCAUGCCAGGAUGUUGUCAUUGCACUUGCCCAAGCCAUUGGCCAGACUGGUCGUUAUGUUCUCAUUCAGAAACUGAGGGACACUGAGCGCCAACUACUAGCCAAUGAGUGCCCACUGGAGUCCCUGGCCAAACUGGGCCAACAUGGCAGCGAGGUGCAGUUCUUUUUGCGGCGAACUGGUCCAAGCAGCAGCGAAGACCAAAGUCUGCACAGCCAUACCCUCCCUCACUCCAAACCUUCAAUAUCAGAGUUCAAACAGGGAUUACCUAGGAAAUCAUUCACUUUCAACUUGGGUCCUUCCAGUUCUCCUCGCUCAAAACCUAAGGAUUCAAAUAAAACACGCUCUUUUGAACCUGUUCCACAUGUAGCAUAUCUUCCAGGGCCAUCUAAAGAGGAGGUGUUUAGUCAUGUUCUCCAGCAGCAGGAGCAGCUUCAUUCCCUUGAGACCCAGCUGGUGGCUGUGGACAGGGAAUGUGAAACUUGGGAAAAGCCAUCUGCUGAGGAGACAUCGCUGCAGGCAGAGAUGGAAGCUUUGGAAAAGAUGCUGUGGAAGAACCAGCAAGAGUUGGUGGAUGAGGAGUUUUGGCUGGAGGAACUAAGGAUAGAGACAGAAAGGGAACAUGGGAUGAAGCGGCAGGUGGGAGAGCUGCAUGCUAAACUUGAUGACUGUGCCCAAAAGUUGCUUGAAUUCAACAAUCGUACCAUACAACUUGAGAAGGACAUUCAGAGAGAAAUGCUACGAGUGGACAUUUUGCCUGUUCAGUCCGAUUCAAAAGACUCUUUAGAGGUAGUCAAGACAGAUCUUCAAAGUCAACAAAAGCAGGGGGAAGAGAUGGAGGCAGAGCUUAAAGAGCUUGAGAAGACUUUGGGGAGGGCUGAAACUUUGUUAAAGGCUAAGCAGGAGGAAAUUGAAGAGUUGAAUAAGGAACUGAGACAGUGUAAUUUACAACAGUUUAUCAAGCAGGCCGGAGCCCUGCCUACCCACACUCAGCCUCGUACAGACCUCUGUGAACCUCCAGAAGAUCUGGACCAGACUCAACAACAAGAAAAGCACAAAGACAAUGAUUUGACCCUACGUCCCACUGCCAAGCAAUUCCUUGGUCACCCACGCAACCUGCAGCACCCCCUGGUAUCUAGCCUGAACCCUGAGGUCCUGACAUCCAGGGAAACGUCUUGACGGUAAUGAAUCUGAGGCUCAGGGCAAAGGAUUUAUAAUGGCUUUCUGUGUAUAUUCAACCUUGCUGUCUUAACUAUUGUCAGUAUAACUAUUUAUGUGUUAUAUCUUUUAGCAACAACUUAUAUAUAUGUAUGUGUGUGUGUGUGUGUGUGUGUGUGUUUGUGUGUAUGUGUCUGAGAGAGAGAGAGAGAGAGAGAGAGAGAGAGAGAGAUACAGCAAUCUUUGAGAAUCAAAAUAACUUUUUGGUACAUUUCAAAACUUGUGUUUACUGUUAAAUUUGACUUAAUUUUAUCCCGAGAUGCCUUACUUUUGUUCAUGAAUUGAAAUCAGUUAAAAGCUCUGCAAUGUGCCAAUGUUAAAUGAUUUGAGCUUUCUAUUACUUAUUCACAAAGUGCAGAUGUUGAGUGGAAGUAAAUAAAGCAAAUUUUUCUAAAAAAGUUUUUUUUCAUUUCAGAAAAAGAAUACAAAAUAUAUUUGAAGCAAUUUGUAUAUAACUGGAAAAAGUAGAGAACAUAAGAACGCAUUACAACAAAAAAUAACAGGUAUUUUUUGAUUGAUAUUUAAGACAUUUUUGUUGUUUUUUCCUUUUCUUUUUUAAAAGUAGAAAACUGCACGUGUUAAUAAUAAAAGGUCACAUGGUGAAGAAACCAAUAAAUCUUAGAGAGUACAAAUCUAUUUUAUUUGAGUUAUGUACCUAUAGAAAAAUACAAAUGUUUCAAAGAUAAAAAGAUUUAAAGCAAAAAAAAUUUGUAACAGAACACUAAUAUCCUGCUAUUUAAAUACCAAGAAAACGACAGUUAGGAAAUGGAUCAUUAAAUGUUAUAUUAAAAGAAUACUUAAGUAUGACAGAGAAGUCCUAAAAUUCAUAUUAACUUUAAUUUAAAAUCUUUAUAUUUUCACACUAUUCUUAAACCCAUAGGUUUUACCUGUAGGUUUUAUAAAAUUUCAAAUGCAAUAGAAUUGAGUUUGAUUGCUUAUGGAGUGGAGGUCACAAUACGUUUACCCUAUUCAGACAUUUUAUUUUCACAAUUAAAUAAUUAAAGCAUUAAAAGAAGAGACUUUAUUUGUCUUUGUAUGUAACCACUUUGAUUGUUUUUGUUGUUGUUGUUGUUUUUUUUGUUUGUUUUAAUCAGACACCAAAAGUCGACAUUUUGACCCACAUACAGUUGUGCUCAGUACAGCAGUAACCUCUUGAACAAUGCUAUUAAGGCUAUUUGUGCAUUGCAAAUGGAUGUAGUGUAAUAUAAAAACAACAUACCAAAACUGUUAUUUAUUGUAUGGGUUUUGUUUUGUUUUUUUGUUAUUGAGAGAACUCAUUCAUUCU